AUGGAUUCAACUAAUAAUGAGCAAAAUAAUUAUUACAAUCCUCCACAAACAGAUCACCCUUUCAAUCGUUAUUGUAAACUUCCUGAUACUCCUGAAUCUAGAAACAUGUCAUGGGAACAAAAUUUGGAUUAUCAACGUAAAUGA